GGGGGGUGGGUGGGGAUUCGUGCCGGAUCUACCUCGGCUGGCAUCGGCAGGGACGGGGCUGCCUUUGGGGCGCUCGGCUAAAGUCGCUGGCGGCCGCCAUUCGCGCAUCGCAGCGCCUAUCUGACCGUCGCUAUGUCGGAUUUCGACAGCAACCCUUUCGCGGACCCAGACCUUAACAACCCUUUCAAGGCACCACCAGGAAAUGUCAAAAAUCCUAAUGUGCCUAGUACACAACCUGCUAUAAUGAAACCAACUGAGGAACCACCCGCUUAUACUCAAAUUGCAAAGGAGCAUGCCUUGGCCCAGGCUGAACUGCUUAAGCGACAGGAAGAAUUAGAGCGAAAAGCAGCUGAACUAGAUCGCAGGGAAAGAGAGAUGCAGAGUCUCAAUCAGCAGGGAGGAAGAAAGAACAAUUGGCCACCACUGCCAGGAAAUUUCCCGGUGGGCCCUUGUUUUUACCAGGAUUUCUCAGUAGACAUCCCUGUAGAGUUCCAGAAAACAGUAAAGAUUAUGUACUAUUUGUGGAUGUUCCAUGCAGUGACAUUAUUUCUUAAUAUUUUUGGAUGUCUGGCUUGGUUUUGCCUUCAGCCCAUGCGAGGAGUUGACUUUGGACUGAGUAUUCUCUGGUUCUUGCUUUUUACUCCAUGUUCUUUCGUCUGCUGGUACAGACCACUUUAUGGAGCUUUCAGUGGAUGGAUUUCAUCUCUCACUGGACUUAACCAGAGCAUUCCAGUAGGCAUUAUGAUGAUAGUCAUAGCAGCACUUUUUACAGCUUCUGCAGUCAUUUCACUAAUCAUGUUUAAAAAGGUACAUGGUUUAUACCGCACAACUGGAGCAAGUUUUGAGAAGGCCCAGCAAGAAUUUGCAACAGGUGUGAUGUCCAACAAAACUGUACAAACUGCUGCAGCAAAUGCUGCCUCAACAGCAGCAACCAGUGCUGCUCAAAAUGCUUUCAAGGGUAAUCAAAUGUAGACAAGAGAGAUGAAACACGUUACAAAUUUCUGGCUGUACUUUAUUUUUCAAUUCCUAAAGACUUAUGUUAAAAAUGCACACAGCAUGUAUGUCUUUUCAGCUGUGCAUGGGCUAAGACAGAAAAAAAGAUCAUUUCAUUCCUUUUAGAAUUUUUUAAUGAGAAGUUCUUCCUAGCUACACUACUAGCUUACAAUAGUUACUUUUUUUCUCCAUAUUUUUUUGAGGUACGUGAUAUUUGAUGAAAAUUAGAACAGUAGCUUUAAAAAUUCAUACAGCAAGUUUAGCUUCUGAGAUGAGCAAACAAUAUUGGUUUUCCAUGGGGUGUCGCUCUCGGUGGAACUGUUCCUCCUGACUUGAGACAAGCACUUUGAAUUAACCCUGUUCAUAACACUUUGCUUCCCUAUUUUCGGAAGAAACAAAAUAAGCUAACAAUUUUGAACAUUUAAUUUUGGCUGCUGCUUUGUAACUCCAGCAGCUGAUGAAGGACAGAAGUAAGCUUAAAAUAAGUAUGAUAGAUAAUGUAAAUUCUUUUUUUAGGAGAAUAGAUUUUUUUAAUAAUCUGAGUCUGCAUGAAAUAAUUUUGACUAUGCUGCACUAGUGUUCUGGUCCAGAAAUUGUCUAUCAGUCCGGUUAUAGUAUUUGUUAAGAUCUGUUUUCAUGGUGUAUAUAGUGUUCUAAUUAGAUAUCUUGGAGCACAGAUGUCUUUAUCCAAGUAAUGCAACAUGAAGUGAAAAGAAUUAUGGUUUAACUGAGGCACAGUUGUUAUAUUUGUUCUUUUUGAUUUCACCAUUCAUGACUAGGAAGCACAUAUUUCUAAACAGAAUCUGUUUGGCAAUAUUUAAAACACUUAAUAGCUACUCCAUUCUGACUUGUGUUAAAUUGUAGUGGAAUUUAUUUUGUGCUUCAGAACUCUGACAUUUUUAGAGUGUGCGUUUGUGUUUAAUGCUAUUAUAUCUUUAGUCUUGUCAGUCACUCUGUUUAGUAUUUGUAUAAACAUCUGAAUAUCAAUAACUUAUUUAAAUUUUUAACAUUACUGUAGAUCCUAAUCAGGUUUCUAAACUGAUAAUUAUGUACUUGAAUUCUUUUAACAUACUUCAGCCUUCAUAUGAGAUUUAAUCUGAAUAAGUGCAUUUUAUUAAAUGCAAAUUGAAGAUUCACUUUAUGGUAAUUAGUUUAGUAUGGUGCUAUAUGGCAGCUUUUUGUUAUUUUAAUUCUUCGUAUUAUUCUAAGACUUAAUUGCCUCUUCGGGUCACUUUUCCCUUUGGAGUUUCUAAAUUCUAGGUGUUAAUGUAUAAUAAUUUGAAAGAUACUAUGAAUUAAUAAUUUGAAUGGUAUUCCAUUUCUGUCAUUAAGAGUUUUUUACUCUUCUGUUUGGUUACAUAUUACACUGGCAAAUUUGAUUGUCCUGAAUUCUGACAUAAAAUUUAUUUUUUUUAAAAAUGAAUAAUUCAUGUUCUAAAUUUUUCCACAUGAAAUGUAACCAUGUCUUGUUUAACAUGUUCAGUAGACUCUAGAAUCCCAGAUUGUAAUGUUUGGAGAGGAUCUUAGACUGCAUUUGAUCUAGUCUUUCUCAGCCUUGGCAAUUUUAAGAUGUGUGGACUUUGCGACUGGCUGGGAAUUCUGUAGCAUUCUAACAAAUGGCUAUCCUAGCUUUGAAUGUACAGGGGAGAGUCCACCCUUUCCCAAGGCAGUCUUCUUCCAUUGUUGAAUAGCUUUUGCUAUUUUCCUUGAUGCCUGACUGAACAUUGCUUCUUUGUAAUCUAUAUCCAUUAUUUAUUUUAUCUUUUGGAACAACUCUGAUCAAUCCUGGCUUGUUUUCUACAUGACAGCCCUUCAGAUAUUUGAACACAAAUAUCAUGUCUUUUCUCCUCCAGCCCUUAACCUUGUGGUCUACCAAAAUACCCACAGUAUAUACUCACAUGUAAGCCCACCCACAAAUAACCUGACCUUGGAAUUUUUAACCAAAAUAUCAACAAAAUGUGCUAAGCUCACCCACAUUUUUCAUGAAGUUUUGGUCAAAAAAUCCCAAGGUUAGCGUAGGCAUGGAUGGCUUAUGUAUGAGAGUAUAUGGGGAUAUAUAGAUACUCACAGAUUAGCUCAUCCAUGG